AACUGAACCGGAAGCCGGUGGUUGUGUCGUUGUUUGUUUCCGCUCCGGUGGCCUCAUCCUCUUUCUCUUCCUCCUCCUCUUCCUUCUCCUCCUCCUCCUCUUCGUCAGGCGGCUUUUUAACGUCAUUUUAACCGUAACCUGCGACAACAGCCUGAGUCUCUGACUGACAUUUCAAUUUGGCCGGGGACAUGAAGAUGGCUGCAGCUGAACAGCAGCUUCGUGUUGGCGUGUUGUGUGUGAGUGACUCGGUCCUGUUGUCUUCCUCAGAGAAACUGCCUGCUUCAGGCUGAGUUUUCAGGAAUGAAGACAGAUCCACAAACAUUGAUAACCAAUUUUAAAGCCAGCAUCUCAUUACCUUGCUAUCAAGAUUUCCAACACAGAUUUUCAAAUGAAAAUGGAGGAUAUGCCCCUGUCAGGCCCAGACAACACCAAGCUGGAGGCCUUGGUCCAUGACAUCUACUCUGAGCUGGUGGAAGAUGCCUGUUUGGGUCUGUGUUUUGAAGUACAUCGUGCUGUGAAACAGGGAUAUUUCUUCUUGGAUGAAACGGACCAAGAGAGCAUGAAGGAGUUCGAAAUUGUGGACCAACCAGGAGUGGACAUAUUUGGGCAGGUUUACAACCAGUGGAAGAACAAAGAGUGUGAGUGUCCAAACUGCAAAAGACUGAUAGCAGCUUCUCGCUUCGCUCCACACUUGGAGAAAUGUCUCGGCAUGGGACGUAACAGCAGUAGAAUUGCCAGCCGCAGGCUAGCCACUAAUAAUAAUAUGAACAAAUCAGAGAGUGACCAGGAAGACAAUGAUGACCUUAAUGAUAACGACUGGUCGUAUGGGGCAGAAAAAAAAGCCAAGAAGAGAAAGUCAGAUAAGAAUCAAAAUUCCCCCAGAAGAUCCAAAUCUCUAAAACACAAAAAUGGCGAUCUCGGAAGCAGCAUCACCUCAGAGCCUUACAAGUAUAACUACAACACUGGCAUCAGUUAUGAAACAUUAGGACCGGAUGAAGUCAGAUCCCUCUUAACAACACAAUGUGGGGUGAUCUCCGAGCACACCAAGAAGAUGUGUACCAGGUCUCAGCGAUGUCCCCAGCACACGGACGAACAGAGGAGGGCCGUCAGGGUGUUCCUCCUGGGGCCGUCCGCGUUGUCGCUGCCCGAUGCCGAUGCAGUGGUGGAGAGCGACAACUUUGAGCUUCCAGAUGGACAGACCCUGAUGAGCCGCCUGCAGUGGGAAGACUCUCCUGAUAUCUCACCCACAGACUCUGCCUCAUCGAAAGCCAGCACCAACCAUUCAGACUCGAGGAAGCCGAAGAAGAAGAGGACGUCUCUCGGUUUGAACAGCGGAGGAGGAAGUCUGACUGGAGGCUGCAGCAGCAGCAGCGGCAGCUCUCAGAGUAAUAUCAACUUGUCGACCAAAAAAAAGAGGCCCAAACUCUCAGCACCUUCUAUUUCAAGUAUCUAUGAUGACUUAAACUAGCAACAGCCUGUUUGUCAGGCCAGUCCCUCCCUUCACUCAGGAUGGGAUUCAACAUGACUUAGCAGUAGCUUUAACACGAAAGGCUUCUCCAUUUUAUUGAAGUUUCAUUCUGUUUUAAGAACACAGUGUUGUUAAAAGUUGGGUCAGUCACUUGGUGUCAGACUCCAGUCAGAGUAUCUGUAGGUGAUGAACAGGGAAAUUCAACAAAAUGUACAUUCUGCUUUUUCAGGAAUUUUGAACAGUUCUGUCAACACAGACAGCUGCUGUCGCCCGAAGGUGGUAGUCAGGGCGACUUGACCAUAGGCACGUGCACCAACACCCGGUACUGAAUGAGCCUCAGCACUUAAUUAUUUAAGAAAAUUAUCAAUAAGCUCAGACGUAAUUGGUUCUAUUGUCCGUACUGAGAAAUUAGAUAAACAGAUUUCUUAUUCCAACAUAAGUUAUCCUGCACUUUUUUUUCAAUAACUCGACUUCUGAUUGCAACAUUGAUCUAUGUGAGUGGAGGGGGCUGCUUCCCACUCACCUGCACACACAGAAACAUGUCAUCUACACAGAGGCGCUGCUCUUAGGUGCAAAUUAUAAUGGUGGAUGGAAAUAAAUAUUCAAACGUG